AACUCAAGACCCUUACACUCAAACUAAAACUAAAACUAAAACUAAAACAAAUUUCCAUUCAAUAACAACAACAAAAAAAAAAAAAAAAAUGGGUGUUCGUUUAUUUUGUUUCCUAGCUUUGGUAGCCAUAUUUUCAUGCAUAGCCAAAGCAACUGAUCCAAACCAACUCCAAGAUUUCUGUGUUGGGACAAAUGAUCCUCAUAAUGCUUUAUUUGUGAAUGGAUUGUUCUGCAAGAAUCCAAUGGACGUAAAAAUCGAAGAUUUUCACUUCCAAGGGCUACACAUUCCGGGAGACACAAACAACAACGUAGGAUCAAACGUGACACGAGUGACCGCAAUGAACCUACCCGGUUUAAACACCCUCGGCAUAUCCUUGGCUCGUAUCGACGUCGCGCCUUACGGUGUUAACACUCCUCACCAUCAUCCUCGGGCCACCGAGGUCCUCACUGUUCUCGAAGGAACAUUUCUAGCUGCUUUCGUUACGUCGAACCAACCAAAUGGUGAGAAUAAAUUAUUUGCUCAGGUUCUUAAAAAAGGAGAUGUUUUUAUAUUCCCACAAGGACUGAUUCAUUUUGAGACUAAUAUUGGUAAAACUCCUGCGGUCGCACUUUCGGCAUUUAGUAGUCAAAACCCUGGUGUUGUUACUACGGCUAGUGCUAUAUUUGGAGCUAAACCGCCGAUUUCAGUUGAUGUGUUAAGUAAAUCUUUUCAGCUUGAUCCUAAGAUCGUUAAGUACCUUCAGACCCGCAUGUUUGGAUAACCGCAUCAUAAGAUUUAAUCACUCGAUUUGAUUUAAUGCUGUUUAUGUAUGAAUUGGGAUUUUUAUGUAAUGAAUAAAAAAUAUUGAUGUAAUGGAGCAACAUAAAUGAGAUGAAGUAAUAGUUGAAUUGAUUUGCUUGUAUGUUUUAUUUAUCAACCAAGUGAUUAUGUGCUCUUGGUGUAAUUGUUUGCUUCACGUUACAUAGAAGAAAAUGUAAUCUUGUUAUGCUUUAAUUUAUAAAUUUAACAUAAUUAUUUGUUGUUAUUUAA